AUGGGUAGGAAAGGUGUGCAAGUAAGUAGUAUGAGGCAAAAGAGGCACGGCGGAGGAACGGGAACGUGGGGAAAGAGAGAGUGACUGACUGACUGAGUGAAUGAGUGAGUGGGUGAGGGGAGUGAGGUAGUGAGUGAGUGAGUGAGUGAGUGAGUGGAUGGGAAUGACAAGGGGCGGGAAGAGGAAGAGCCAGCUGUCCCCCGGCUGGCGCCACUUGCCAGAGCCCGGAAAGGCGGCUGAGCAGGUACAAAUAGGGCCUCUUAUCCCACUCUUUCAGAAGGGGGAAGGCGCUGAGGUGACAGCAGUGGUUGACGGACACCACCCCCAUCGCGUCGCAUCGCCUCAAGUGUCUGUAUUUGUACCUUUUUUCCUCUUCCCCCCCCCUUCACCGAGACAAAUCGACUACACACACACGCGCUAUACAUACAAGACAGACUUGCAACAAAUAAUCAACCAACUCGACCACAUCUGUGUAAAGCCAAAGCUGUGUACAGACAAACUGUGUACAAAUACACAUACACACACAUACACAACAGGACCUCGACCUCGGUACCUCGUCCGGCCAAGAAAAGGUACUUACGCUACUCUACUCUACUCUACUUACUCACCUUGCUCUUUUGCCACGCCACGUCCCAUCCAUCACAUCACAUCGCAUCAACAGUGCACAAACGGACGGCCACUGCCGGGAGAGGCGCAACCUAACCUGGCUCAAGCACCUGCCAUCUCUCCCCUUUUACGUGUACAUGUACGCUACACACACCAUCUCACCUCCCUACCUAGUACCGUGUACACUCUCUACCCACACCGGGCCCACUAUCUGCGGUGGUACUCAGUACACACCUAUACCUACCUAGCACAAGCACACAGUACCUUCCCCCGGUAUACCGGAAUAACCACUCUCCGUGUCCCGGGAUCCACCCGGAGCUUACCUGGUCUGUGCACCCGCCAGAUCCAACCCCACUCCGUUCUGCCUGGGUUCCCCCGGUUGACUCGUCCUCACCGGGCCCGUCACCUUUGCCUUACCUUGCCUUUACCUCCCGUGUGCGUCACGGUUCGGCCCAGAUCUGACACUCUCACUCACUCUCUCUCUCUCUCUCUCUCUCUCUCUCUCUCUCUCUCUCUCUCUCUCUCUCUCUCUCUCUCUCUCUCUCUCUCUCUCUCUCUCUCUCACUCUCGCAUUCUCCACUAGCAGUUCCACUAAGUCCCCGAGCUCCAAAGCCUGCGCCUCCUCCUCCUCCUCCUCCUCCUCUUUCGCCCCCCUUCAAUACGCCCGAGAACCGCAGCUGGAAACGUCGCCCUUACGCAUCGCAUCGCGUCAAGCCCUCCCUCUUCCCUCCUCAACCACCAGCACCACCAGCAGACACGGACAGACACAAGCUCACUCUAUCGGUAUUUUAUUUCAUUUCAGGAACUCGACUUUUCCCAUCCAAUUGCACCGUAUCACCAAAAGUCAAUUGCGCUCGAAAACCACCUGGGAGAUAGAUAAGAUACCUAUCUCUAUCUGAGCUCGCAUCGCAAACCCCCCCCCCCGUCCAACACCCCCCGUAUCGUCUCGUCUCGUCCCGUACUUGGUCUCCACGCAACUCUACGGUACACGCGUCGGAUUCUCGCCCAUUUUCUUUCUCUUUUUUCCCUCUUUCCCAAUCGCCAGCCACAUCAACCA